GUUUCUAGGCGCACUAUAACAGUGUUCUGUUAAAUAAUGUCAUUCUGUGUUACACAACAUAUAAGAUCGAUUAUCAUUGAGUAACAUUGUCAAGUAAUUGUAUUGAAGUGUUAUCUCGAAAAUGACCGAAGAGGGUGGCAAGAGCCAGGGCAUAAAUAUCCUUGGCAUCACUGAUAUUCAGAACACUCCAUGUGCUCGGGAAUCUAUUCUGCAUGGUGCAGGUGGAUCACUAGUGGCAGGUUUAGUGCACUUUUUGGCAACAAGUAGAGUAAAGAGGUCAUUUGAUGUGGGUCUCGCAGGAUUUAUGCUUACAACGCUGGGAUCAUGGUUGUACUGCAGAUUUAAUAAUGCCAAGCUACGUGUUCAACAGAGAAUCAUUCAGGAUGGCAUAAAGAAUAAAGUAAUAUAUGAAGGGACAAGUUUAGACCCCACACGCAAAACGAGAGGGGACAAAUAAAAGUUCCUGGUCUGAGACCAUUAUAUUGCCUUUUAUAGUGAAUGUUGAUUUAUUGAUUGUAUGAUAAAAUGUGUUUACUUAAAAAAAAUGAUUGGGCUGCCAUUUCAUUAAAAAAGAUAUAUAUGCUUUUGGCACACACAUAGCAACUAAUGUUAAGCAGUGAUUACAGACGUACGGGUCUUUAUGUUUUAAUAAAACAGGUUGAGCCUCUCAUGAUGACCAGGCAUUGUGGUAGAAAGAGGCACAGGUGAAAGCAGUCAUGUCAAUUGUCCUACUAAUUGACUAUGUCCAUUGUCUAUACCUGCAGUCCCAGCAUUUAUCCUCAGGAUGUCACUGUUGCACACUAAACACUUGUGCGUCAAUAAAAGUUACUCAGAGGUUCCUUGAUGACGAAAAUGUCU